AUGCCCCUCGACAUCCAGGACAACGCUAUCGCUGGCCACGCAGAGGCUCAGCGCGACUUGUACGUCGCCGACAUCAAGGCUCACGGUGGCAAUGAUCAAGACCAUCCUGUUGCCCACCUCGAGACUGGCGUUCGCGUCAAGCCCGACGUCUCGGACGAUGACUUUAUUGCUCCCUCUGAUGAGGAUCUCGCCACCUUGCGACGUGUACCCGAGAAGCUCCCUUGGACCACCUACGCCAUCGCUUUCUGCGAGCUGGCAGAGCGUUUCUCCUACUACGGCUGUGUCCAGGUCUUCCAGAACUUUAUCCAGCAGCCUCGUCCCUCCAAUAGCCGUGCCGGUGCCGGUGGUUCCAGCAACCAGUCUGGUGCUCUCGGCGAGGGUCAGCAGGCUGCUACUGGUCUCACCACCUUCAACACCUUCUGGGUCUACUGCAUGCCCAUUCUCGGUGCCUACCUCGCAGAUACCCGCUGGGGCCGUUUCAAAACCAUCUGCAUCGCCGUUUUCAUCGCCAUGGUCGGCCACGUUCUUCUCAUUGUCUCUUCGCUUCCCACCGUGCUCGACAACCAAGGUGGCGCCAUGGCUUGCUUUGUCCUCGCCAUCAUCAUCAUGGGUGUCGGAACCGGCUGGUUCAAGUCGACCAUCAGUCCUCUGAUCGCAGAGCAGGUCAACGGUUCCAAGCAAUCCGUUCAGACGCUCAAGACCGGUGAACGUGUCAUUGUCGACCCUGUCUUGACCAUCAGCCGCAUCUUCAUGUACUUUUACCUUUUUAUCAACAUUGGUGCGCUCGGCGGUCAACUCGGUAUGUCGUUUUCCGAAAAGUACGUUGGCUUUUGGCUCGCCUACACCUUGCCCACCGUUGUCUUUGCUCUCUGCAUCCCCGUGCUCGCCUUUGGUAGCAAAUACUACGUCAAGACGCCUCCUUCCGGCUCGGUGCUCGCCGAGUGCAUGCGCCUCUGGUCGUAUGCCGCCAAGGGUCGUUGGACGCUCAACCCCAUUCAGCUUGCCAAGAACAUGCGUGCCGACGACUUUUGGGAGAACGUCAAGCCUUCCAAGCAUUCUCCCGAGACCAAGCCCCGUUGGAUGACCUUUGACGAUGCCUGGGUCGACGAGGUGCGACGUGGUUUCAAGGCUUGCACCGUCUUCCUCUGGUUCCCGCUCUACUGGCUCACCUACAACCAGAUCACCAACAACCUCGUCUCGCAGGCUGCCACCAUGGAGGUGCACGGUCUUCCCAACGAGGUUGUCUCGAAUCUGGACCCCUUCGCGCUCAUCAUCCUCAUUCCCUUGUUUGACCUUUUCCUCUACCCCGCUCUCCGCAAGGCCGGUUUCAACUUUACGCCUCUCAAGAAGAUCGCCCUCGGUUUCUUGACUGGUGCCCUCGCCAUGGUGUGGGCCGCCGUCGUUCAGCACUACAUUUACAAGAGGUCGCAAUGCGGCAAGAACGCCUCGACCUGCUACGACAUUAACGGUGAUGGCUUUGCCGACCCUGGUGCCGAUGGAUCCGAGGAAAACGCCGUCUACAUUCCUGCGCCUCUCAACGUGUGGAUCCAAUCGGGCUCCUACAUUCUCAUCGCCAUUUCCGAGAUUCUGGCGUCGAUUACCGGUCUCGAGUACGCCUUUUCCAAGGCUCCCAAGUCGAUGCGUUCGCUCGUCAUGUCCAUGUUUCUCUUCACCUCGGCUAUCGCUGCCGCCCUGCAGCAAGCCUUCAUCUCGCUCUCCGAGGACCCCAACCUGGUCUGGAGCUACACGGUGUUUGGCUGCCUCGCCUUUGUCGGCUUCAUCGGCUUCUCGAUUUCGUUCAGGAAGCUCGACUCACAGGAAGACGCGCUGAACCAGCUCGAUGCCGGAACGGUCAACGCCACCGACAGCGCUAUUACUUCGGAGCCUGGACAAUCGGAGAAGGCGCUUGCCCCCUAA